GCCACUGUGCUUAAAACUUGCCAUGGCGACUGACGAAGAUGAUCCUGCGCGGCACCCCCUGGUUGUGGCUAUGCGGGCCUUGCUGCGGGCCAGUCAUGGCCAAAGUGGUCGUGCCAUUCGAUCUGCGGUCCGAGAAGCAGCUGCUCUCGCGCACGAGGUGGCGACCUGCGGGUCUUUGGGUGAGCACGAUGCAGCUCUCUCGCAUCGCGAGAGUCUGGAUGGCUUGGAGGCAGAUGCUUCGAGUGUGGAAUCCGAGCUGCGCUUGGUCUGGGAUACCCUGGUCCUGUCCCGGGAGCUGCCACGCGCAGAGGGGCUCGACUUUGAGGAGAUUGAGGAGCUCGUCUUAGCGCACUUGCUUGCAUUCCCCGACUUCCUGGCGGAUGCCCUGGUGAUGAACUUCCUGCGCCAGGUCCAGCUGGGCCAGAGCUUUCUUCACGCAGAGGAUCAGCGCAUCAACGUGGCGGCGGUGCUGCAGCAGCUGCAGCCGCAGCUGGAGAAGCACAAGGCAACUGCCGCCGCCAUAGCAGCCGAGUGCUGUCGUCACCUGCAGGACCGCUCGGAGACGCUGGCGGGCAAGCUGCUGAGCCGCAUGGAUUUGGACAAUGACGGCUUCGUCGGGGAGCAGGACUUCCUGAAAAGCGCGGUGCAUGCGCUGGCUCUGGAGGUGAGAGCCGAGGGCGUUUUGCGGCGCACGAAUUGCGGAUGCGGAGGGACGUUCCUCAUUGAGUCGCUUCGAUGUAAGGAUCCCAUUUGCGUGGCUCCUCGUGGACCUUUCUUUGGGUGGGGUGAUGUUUACGAGGAGACGGUCCCUCUUCAUCUGAAAGCUGGCCAGAGAACAUCUUCACCGGACGGCCAGGUGGAAAAUGUGGCCGUCUCUGCGGGAGUCCAGCAGCUCUUGAAAGAUGAGAGCUUCGCUGAUGACUUCCACGAGGCGAUGUGCACUGCGCUCAUCCGGAACGGGACGGUGCAGGCUGACAAAGAUGCAGCCGCGCAUCGUCGCGUGGAAAACGGGGCACGCACAGUGUCGAGGCUGCUCGUAUGGGAGCUCGGAGGGUCAGCACCGCUGGAGGAUUUGUUGGCAGCCAGCGUAAGGAUUCCAACUCCUUGCACGGCGAAGCGGUCCAUGGAUGAAGAGCAGUCGGGGACGCAGCUCCAAGUCCCUCGGACCAGCGAUGCCAACAUGGCGUCGCAGGCGGAGCCAGUGCAAAGCGAGGGGCCGCCGCCGCUUUGA